GUAUUUAACAGGAUAUCUGUUCUUUCUCUUUAUUGAGAUAUGGUGGAUAACAUAGGCAAUAAUUCAGAAAGAACAUGCCGCAAGUACAAUCUUGCAGGAGCUUGUAGUGGUUCAGGUGAAGAUGGCAUCAUAAAGGAGCAAGAUAGAUUGCUUCCAAUAGCUAAUGUGGGGAGGAUCAUGAAGCAGAUUCUGCCUCCGAAUGCAAAAAUCUCCAAGGAAGCUAAAGAAACUAUGCAAGAAUGUGUAUCAGAGUUCAUAAGCUUCGUCACUGGUGAAGCAUCUGAUAAAUGUCACAAAGAGAAGCGCAAGACGGUAAACGGAGACGACAUUUGUUGGGCUCUUGCUAGUCUAGGGUUUGAUGACUAUGCUGAGCCACUCAAGAGGUAUUUGCAUAAAUACAGAGAGCAGGAAGGAGAGAGAGGUAGCCAUGGAACAAGCAACAAUGAAGAAAAAGACGAUUUGUCGAAUUAUAGAGGUGAUCAAUCAAGGAAAUCUACUGCUUCAUUGAAUUUUCCAGCGGUUGAAAGAAGUAACACUUCACUUUCCAGGCGAUUUUGAACUCAUCAGCCUAUAUAUGGUAACACAUAAUCUAUCUCCAGCCUUACAUGCAUGAAGAUAUUGAUCUUGCAAGUGUGACUAAUGUGAAGUGUUUUUGGGAGGGGGUUGAGGAGGGCUAGGGCAUUUUAUUUGUUUCAAAUUGUUGUGGACUUAAAAUCUCUCUGGUUUGUUUUUGAUUGACUAUUAUCAGAGUAAUGGUUGUGUGUAUUAUAUUAUAUAGUUUAAUCCUAUUGCUAUAUAUAUGACUGGGAAUUAUUCAUA